UUUUUGUUUGUUCAUCACGAUUUCGGAAUAGUAAUGACUUUCACUAUAUAUAUAUAUUUACCGGGAAAGACACACAAGAGAAAUAACUCAUCAUCAUCGGUUUGUAAAUUCGAUUUCACAAUGAAGCGUCUGCUGCUACUGCUUGCCCUUUGCAGCCUUUCUCUAUCAAGAUUUGAAUCAAAGUUCGUGCCGUAUGAUUAUUCUGCAACCAUAGAGUGUCUAGAGAAACCUAUUAAGCCACAGUACAAUGGAGGAAUCAUCGUAAACCCUGACCUACGAGAUGGUCCACAAGCCUGGUCACCAUUCGGAAACGCAAAAGUCGAAUUCAGAGAAAUUGGGAGGGAUAAUUUUGUUGUUGCACGAGAGAGGAAACAACCUUAUGACAGCGUCUCACAAAAGGUUUAUUUGGAAAAGGGACUUCUCUACACUUUCUCUGCAUGGUUACAAGUGAACAAAGGAAAGGCUCCCGUGAAAGCCGUUUUCAAAAAGAACGGUGAAUACAAGCUUGCCGGUUCGGUUGUUGCUGAGUCCAAAUGUUGGUCCAUGCUUAAAGGUGGUCUCACUGUUGAUGAAUCUGGUCCUGCCGAACUCUAUUUCGAGAGCGAGGACACAACGGUUGAGAUUUGGGUGGAUAGCGUCUCGCUGCAACCAUUCACGCAAGAAGAGUGGAACACUCACCACGAGCUGAGCAUUCAGAAGGAGAGAAAGAGAACCGUUAGAGUCAGAGCUGUAAAUAGCAAAGGCGAGCCGAUCCCAAAAGCAACCAUAUCCGUAGAACAGAGGAAACUCGGGUUCCCAUUCGGGUGCGAGGUAGAAAAGAACAUACUUGAGAGCCAAGCAUACCAAAAAUGGUUCACUCAAAGGUUCACAGUGACAACUUUCGCCAACGAGAUGAAAUGGUACAGCACCGAAGUAGCCAGAGGCAAAGAGGAUUACUCGACCGCAGACGCGAUGUUGAGAUUCUUCAAGAAGCAUGGGGUCGCUGUACGUGGCCACAAUAUUGUAUGGAACGAUCCAAAGUAUCAACCUAAUUGGCUGAAUUCUCUCUCCGGUCGCGAGUUCUACAAUGCAGUGAAACAAAGGGUUUUCUCUGUGGCUUCGCGAUACAAAGGCCAGCUUGCGAGUUGGGACGUCGUGAAUGAGAAUCUCCAUUUUAACUUCUUUGAGGAUAAGAUGGGUCCUAAUGCUUCUUAUAACAUUUAUAAGAUGGCUCAGGCAUUCGAUCCAACGGCAACCAAGUUUAUAAAUGAAUACAAUACCUUGGAGGAACCGAGGGAUUUAGAUUCUUGUCCAUCAAGGUAUUUGCAAAAGCUUAGAGAGCUUAAAUCUAUUCGGGUUCGCGGAAACAUAUCGCUAGGGAUCGGUCUCGAGUCUCAUUUCAAGACUCCUAACAUUCCCUAUAUGAGAUCAGCUCUUGACACUCUUGGUGCCACCGGUUUGCCUAUUUGGCUCACUGAGGUCGACGUCGAAGCUCCUCCAAAUGUCCAGGCCAAGUAUUUCGAGCAGGUCCUGAGGGAAGGACACGCACAUCCGCAAGUGAAAGGAAUGGUGAUGUGGGCAGGUUACUCUCCAACAGGUUGCUACCGAAUGUGCCUCACCGACGGAAAAUUCAAGAACCUACCCACCGGAGAGGUGGUUGACAGACUUGUGCAUGAAUGGGGAGGUUUUCGCAGACAAACCAAAGGAGUCACUGAUGCUGAUGGAUUCUUUGAAGCUUCACUCUUCCAUGGUCACUACGAUCUCAAGAUUGCUCAUCCUCUCACCAAUUCAAAAGCUUCCCACAGUUUUAAGUUGACUUCUGAUGAUUCCUUAGUGAACACUCAACCCUCCUCUUUUGUCUUUCGUUGUUUAGAGAACCCUAAUAAACCACAGUACAAUGGAGGGAUCAUCGUAAACCCUGACCUACAAAAUGGUACACAAGGCUGGUCACAAUUUGGAACCGCCAAAGUCGAUUUCAGAGAAUUUGGAGGCAAUAGGUUUGUUGUUGCGCGAGAGAGGAAUCAAUCUAAUGAUAGCGUCUCACAGAAGGUUUAUCUAGAAAAGGGACUUUUCUACACUUUCUCUGCUUGGUUACAAGUAAGCAACGGAAAUGCUUCCGUGAUGGCCGUUUUCAAGAAGAAUGGUGAAGAUAAGUAUGCCGGUUCGGUUGUUGCUGAAUCCAAAUGCUGGUCCAUGCUCAAGGGUGGUCUAACUGUUGAUGAGUCUGGUCCUGCCGAGCUCUACUUUCAGAGCGAGGACACAACGGUUGAGAUUUGGGUUGAUAGCGUCUCACUUCAACCAUUCGCCGAAAAAGAGUGGUACUCUCACCACGAGCAGAGCAUUCAGAAGGCGAGGAAAGGAACCGUGAGGAUCAGAGCGGUGAACAGCAAAGGCGAGCCAGUACCAAACGCAACCGUUUCCGUCGUACAGAACAGACUCGGAUUCCCAUUCGGGUGCGCGGUAGAGAAGAACAUACUUGGGAAUCAAGCAUACCAGAACUGGUUCACUCAGAGGUUCACCGUGACAACUUUCGGGAACGAGAUGAAAUGGUACAGCAACGAAAGAAUCAGAGGCAGGGAGGUUUACACGGACGCAGACGCGAUGUUGAGAUUCUUCAAGCAGCACGGGGUCGCUGUACGUGGCCACAACAUUCUAUGGGACGACCCUAAGUAUCAACCUCAAUGGGUGAAUUCUCUGUCAAGUAACGAUUUGUUCAACGCCAUGAAGCGAAGGGUUUUCUCGGUGGUCUCGCGGUACAAAGGCCAGCUUGCGAGUUGGGACGUUGUGAAUGAGAAUCUCCAUUUUAACUUCUUUGAGAGCAAGUUGGGUCCUAAAAUCUCUUAUAACAUAUUUGCGGAGGCCCAUGCCAACGAUCCAAGGACAACAAUGUUUAUGAAUGAAUUCAAUACGUUAGAGCAACCAAAGGAUUUGGCUUCUAGUCCAGCAAGGUAUCUGCAGAAGCUUAGGGAGCUUCAAUCUAUCCGGGUUCGCGGAAACAUUCCGUUAGGGAUUGGUCUCGAGUCUCAUUUCGGUACUCCUAACAUUCCGUAUAUGAGAUCAGCUCUUGAUACUCUUGCUGCCACUGGUUUGCCUAUUUGGCUCACUGAGGUCGACGUCGACGCUCCUGAUAACGUCCGGGCCAAGUAUUUCGAGCAGGUCCUAAGGGAAGGCCACGCGCAUCCACAAGUGAAAGGAAUGGUGACGUGGACAGGUUAUUCUCCAUCAGGUUGCUACCGGAUGUGCCUCACUGAUGGAAACUUCAAGAACCUACCCACCGGUGACGUUGUGGACAAGCUUCUGCGUGAAUGGGGAGGGUUUCGUGGGCAAACCACGGGUGUAACUGAUGCUGAUGGAUUCUUUGAAGCUUCACUCUUCCAUGGUGAUUAUGAUCUCAACAUUGCUCAUCCUAUCAUCAAUUCAACAGCUAAUCAAAGCUUUAACUUGACUUCUGUUGACCCUCAACCUUUUGUCUUUCCUCUUGAACUCGAGCGAUUGCCGGUUUUCUUAGCUGUUGGUCAGGUUGAACUCAGAAGGAAGAUGAAGAAUAUCAACAAUGGCUUCUUCCUCUGCAUGCUUCUUCUUCUCUUGUGUUUCGUGCAUUCAGGGACUGCCAUUGAUCCUUUCUCCCAUAGCAACUCUCUCAAAACAGAGUGUGUAAUGAAGCCUCCGCGAAGCAGUGAAACACAAGGAAUAUUACUACCUAGCCGAUCUGUUGAAGAUGACUCUGAUCAAGAGUGGGAGAUAGAUGGAAAUGGAGGCAUUAGAGAAAUGGCACAGAGCAUUCAGCUUCAGCAAGGAAACAUUUACAGCUUCUCUGCGUGGGUGAAAUUAAGAGAAGGAAACGACAAGAAAGUAGGAGUUGUGUUCAGGACAGAAAAUGGAAGACUUGUUCAUGGAGGUGAAGUUAGGGCAAAGCAGAGAUGUUGGUCUUUGCUUAAAGGCGGAAUUGUACCAGAUGUUUCAGGCUUUGUAGAUAUAUUCUUAAAGAGUGAAGACAGAGAAGCAAAGAUCUCUGCGAACAAUGUGUCACUAAAAAAGUUUAGCAAAGUAGAAUGGAGACUGAAACAAGACCAACUUAUCGAAAAGAUUAGGAAGAGCAAAGUGAGAUUUGAAGUAACUUAUCAGAACAAAACCGCUGUAAAAGGCGCACUUAUAUCCCUAGAACAAACUAAACCAUCUUUCCUCUUAGGCUGCGCAAUGAAUUUCCGGAUCUUACAAAGCGAAGGGUACAGAAAAUGGUUUGCCUCCCGGUUCAAAAUCACAUCAUUCACCAAUGAGAUGAAAUGGUAUGCAACGGAGAAAGCACGAGGUCAAGAGAACUACACGGUAGCUGAUUCAAUGCUGAAAUUUGCGGAAGAGAAUGGGAUAUUAGUUAGAGGUCAUACAGUCUUAUGGGACAACCCAAGAAUGCAACCAAGUUGGGUGCAAAAGAUAAAAGAUCCUGAAGAUGUGAUGAAUGUGACACUGAACCGGAUAAAUUCGGUUAUGAAGAGAUACAAAGGGAAGUUAACAGGGUGGGAUGUGGUUAACGAGAAUGUGCAUUGGGAUUACUUUGAGAAAAUGCUUGGCGUAAACGCUUCAUCAAGAUUCUACAAUCUUGCUUCUAAGCUGGAUCCUGAUGUGACAUUGUUCGUAAAUGAAUACAACGCGAUAGAAAACCCUAAAGAGGCUACCGUGACGCCGAUUAAGGUGAAGAAGAAGAUGGAGGAGAUUCUUGCUUUCCCAGGAAACAUGAACAUCAAUGGAGCCAUUGGAGCUCAGGGUCACUUUAGUCCAACUCAGCCUAACUUAGCUUACAUGAGAUCUGCAUUGGAUACUUUAGGCUCACUAGGUUUGCCUAUCUGGCUUACAGAGCUUGAUAUGCCUAAAUGCCCUAAUCAGGCGAAAUAUAUGGAAGAUGUUCUCAGGGAAGCAUAUUCGCAUCCUGCGGUGAAAGGCAUAAUAAUAUUUGCUGGACCUGAGGUGUCUGGUUUCGACAAGCUGACACUUGCUGAUAAAGACUUCAACAACACGGAAACAGGAGACGUCAUUGACAAGUUUCUCAAGGAGUGGCAGCAAAACACUUCAGAGAUUCGAAAGAUUUUCACGGCGGACCCCGAGAACGAAGAGGAAGAUGUCUCAUUGUUGCACGGACAUUACAAUAUGAAUGUAAGUCAUCCAUGGAUGAAGAAUUUGUCCACCAGUUCUAGCUUGGAGGUAGCUACGGAGAUGGGUCAGCGUCAGGUGGUUAGAGUUGUAAUUAAUGCUUGAAAUAAUAAUCUUUAAGACUAUUGUCUUAAGAAAGUCAUUUACCAUAAAUCAUAAUGUCUUCUUCUUUAGGAGCUAGCUUCUUGAAGAAAGUAAUGCCAACAAUUUAUAGACUACUGAACUUAAUCACAUUAUACUAAAACAAAAAAUUCCCGU